AUGGCGCUCGAUGAGCCGUCUGCCCAGCUCAAUGCCGAGCUCCGAUCCUCCGUUGUUGACUCCCUAGCCUCACGCCGGCCAGUCCUACAUCACCUGAACGACGACACGACAUGGCUGCUCCAGAUCCCUCGACCGGAAGCGGCAGUCAGGCACGGCGCGAGACUCUACUACAACAUCCUGAUUGAUCCGUGGUUCAGAGGAGGACAGACUGAUAUCGCAAGCUGGUUCUCACGACAGUUUCAUGCGACGCCCAGCGCAGUACAGUCCAUCGCGGAGUUAGAAGAGCUGAUUCGUGAGGUGGAACGGUCGGCUAUGGAGUCGGAGCCAGCAGUCAACAAGAGACGGACGAGAGAUCUCGAGGACUUUGUCGCAGCGGAGGAGUCUUUGAUUGAUGCGAUCGCUAUAAAUCACGAAUUCACGGACCACUGCCACAAGGAGACAUUGCUCGAGGUCAACCGCAACGUGCCGAUCUUUGCGUGGAAGGAAGCUGUGAAGAUGAUUGAGAGUUGGAAGCACUUCCGCUCAGUCACCGCGAUUGUCGAAUUUGGCAGCGAUUGCGACAGCGACUGGCGUAAUACCAGCAUACCGCCUCUCCCGGAAUGGAUCGGAAUCAGUCGAUUGACCAAGUCUGAUCUGCACGCAGCGAUGAUGAUUACGUUCAACAACCGCCACGACGAAAGCGCGGAAGCUCUCAUCUACACACCUCACGGUCUUCCCAGCAGCGACUUCCAGAUCGUCCGCGACGCCUCGCCUCCUAUCUCAUGUCUCGCCUUGCUGCACGGGCUGCACAAUGUCCGGCUCGGUACCGCCACAGGUCUGACGGCACUGCAGAUAAAUCUUGGCUCGCAUAACGGACUGAGAUCACAACGGAUGUUGAAUGCAGACUACUGGAUCGGGACUCACGAUGAGGAUAAGAAAGGUCGAGGAUUGAUCGCAUGGUUCUUGCAGAGGGACAUUCUGACGGUGCGGGAUGCUUUGUUGCAAGAAUUUAAAGCGAGAAGAGGAGGCAAAGGGGAUGCACUGGAUAGAGAUGUGGUCACAGUCUUGGAUAGCUUUGAGGCGGCGAAUUGGGUGGAUUUGAGAAAUGGGGAGAGUCAUGUCUUGCUGUAA